AUGAACAAAAUCUUGGAAAAGGCACCAAGAGUGGAUCUAGAAGAAGCGGCACAAGUUAUAGAAGCAUGUCUUCUAGCGCAAGAAGAACCGCAAAACUAUGAUCAAGCAGCUGAGAUCGAGGAAUGGAGAAGAGCCAUGGUCCAAGAGAUAUCGAUGAUCGAGAGAAACAACACUUGGAAACUUGUAGAUAAACCAGAGAAGAAAAACGUGAUCAGUGUGAAGUGGAUCUACAAGACAAAGACGGGUGCAAAUGGAGAGACACUCAAACACAAAGCAAGAUUGGUUGCACGUGGUUUCUCUCAAGAACAUGGAGUUGACUACCAAGAAACUUUUGCUCCAGUCUCAAGGCACGACACCAUAAGAGCCAUACUUGCAUAUGCGGCCCAAAGGAAGUGGAAACUAUACCAAAUGGAUGUCAAGUUAGCCUUUCUAAAUGGAGAGUUGGAAGAAGAAGUCUAUGUCUCACAACCACCUGGGUUUGUGAUCAAGGGAAAAGAAGUGAAGGUGCUAAGGCUCUACAAGGCUUUAUAUGGGUUAAAGCAAGCGCCAAGAGCAUGGUAUGGAAGGAUAGAUUCAUAUUUCAUUCAAAAUCACUUUGAAAGAAGUAUGAAUGAUGCUGCCUUGUACAUCAAGAAAAAAGGCAAAGAUGUGUUGAUUGUGAGUUUAUACGUUGAUGAUAUCAUCAUUACUGGAAGCAGUGAUCACCUUAUCAACACAUUCAAGGAGAACAUGAAGAGAGAAUUAGAGAUGACAGACCUUGGGCUACUAAACUACUUUCUUGGUAUGGAAGUGAUCCAAGACGAUCAAGGUAUAUUUCUUUCUCAAGAAAAAUAUGCUAACAAACUUGUAGAUAAGUUUGGGAUGAGAUCAAGCAAGGUGGUAAGCACUCCACUUACACCACAAGGCAAGAAGGAGGGAGAUGAUAGAGAAUAUGGCGAUCAAACAAAGUAUAGAAGCAUUGUCGGAGGUCUUCUAUACUUGUGUGCAUCACGACCUGAUGUGAUGUAUGCAAGCUCUUAUCUCGCAAGAUACAUGUCAGCGCCAAAGAUGAAGCACUGCCAAGAAGCAAAGAGGGUGUUACGUUAUGUCAAAGGAACAUCAAGUCUUGGGAUUCAGUUUACAAGCGUAGAAGAGCCAAGACUAAUCGGAUAUUCGGAUAGCGAUUGGGGUGGUUCCAUUGAAGACAAAAAGAGCACGUCAGGGUAUGUCUUUACUCUUGGAUCAGCCGUGUUUUGUUGGCAAUCAAGCAAGCAACAAACUGUUGCUCAAUCAACGGCAGAAGCAGAGUACAUCGCCGUAUGUUCAGCCGCAAAUCAAGCCGUUUGGUUACAACGACUUCUCAAGGAUUUCGGAGAAGAAAUUAAGGAAGGCAUUCCCAUCUUAUGCGACAACAAGUCAGCCAUAGCAAUCGGGAAGAAUCCAGUGCAGCAUAGGAGAACAAAACACAUAGAGAUAAAGUAUCAUUAUGUUCGUGAAGCAGAGAGCAAGGGACUUAUUCAACUGGAAUACUGCAAAGGAGAAGAUCAACUCGCAGACAUACUCACAAAAGCGUUAAGUGGCACAAGAUUUGAAGAUCUUCGAAGACAGCUUGGAGUGCAGCAGAGAUUUGAUUAA